AUGCCGAUCCAACGCAAGCAACGCAAUUAUAGGAAAAAGAAACCGGAAUCCGACGACGAAGAAGAACAACGUCGAGAGGAUUCCGUUAGUGGAAGUGAAGACGUGAGUGAAACGAUUGAAGAUUUGCAGGAGCUACGACGGCUACGGCGUAAACAUGGUGGCAUUGAUGUCGACAAACUAUCCAAAGGUGAUAAAAAGAAAAAGAAAAAAGAACCAGCAAAAGAGCCGUCUGAUCCUUGGAAGCUGUUAACUGGAGGCCUGGUUGACAAGGACGCUGUCCGCAAAGGUGCAAGACCCGAUGAUGAAGAAGGGACAGAGAAAAAGUUAAAGCUUGACACAUUCACUACACAAACCAAUGCGCUGGACGUUGAUAAACACAUGAUGGCAUAUAUUGAAGAGGAGAUGCGGAGACGACGUGGAGAAGCAGCAUCAAAGGAGGAAGACGAGGAAGACGAGCAGCAACAAAAGGAUGGUCUUGUGGACAUCUAUGAAGAACUAUAUAUGCUUCCCGAACGGUUACGAGUGCAAUCAAAGCAUGUGGAAGAGGGCAGCGUACAAUUAUCGACACAAAUGUUAACUGCUAUCCCUGAAGUGGAUCUUGGCAUUGAUGUCCGACUAAAGAAUAUCGAAGAGACAGAGCGUGCUAAGCGGAAGUAUUUGGAUGAACACCGAGAGGAAGCCGGCAAGAGUUCAAGAGAUGAAGUACCAGCCAACUUUGAAAAACAGUUGCGCAAGUCAGAUCAUAGACCUCGUACGGACAGGCGACAAAUUGCUACAGACGAAAUUGUUGCAGAAAGAUUCAAGAAGAGGAUGCGUAAAUAA